CAGCCUGCCUGAAAAGGGCGUGGCCAGUUUUUGAUUUCUUCCACUCCUUUCUAAGAAAUCCUUUUCUCUCAUUGCCAUUUCUCCAACCGAGAAAAUGACACGCUUCAAUUCGACCGGGUCAACGUCACCCGCAGCACCGCCUGCUGUGACCGUCCCGCGCUCUCUUCCUCAACACCAGCUGCCUGAAACAAACACGCGCUAGACACCAUUCUACCGCUGCUGCUCUUCAUUUGCUCCCCUCUCUUGAUUCCUGUCCGCCAGCAGCCCUACGCUCAAGACUCCUCAAGACUCUGUAGCUGGCUGGAAACGCAGCUGCAUCUGAGCACACAAAAAAAAAAAAAAAAGCAGAGCUCAAGGCCAUCCCCAGGUACUGCCGACCACGCUUGCGACCCUUCUUCGGUCCGUCCCGGACGAGAGACGUUAGCAUGUCGGGUCUGAUGGACAACUUCUGGGCCGCGCCGCCUAUUGCUCGGACGUUAGCCGCGGCCGUCUUCGUGACCUCGGUCGGGGUCAGACUCCUCGGCGUCAUCCCCGGUGGAUGGAUCUACUUCGACCCGUACCACCUCGUAAUGAUCCCUCCUCAGAUCUGGCGCCUCGCUACCAACUUUUUGCUCAGCGGUCCGCAGCUGGGCAUCGUCCUCGAUCCGUACUUUCUGUUCUCCUACGUCAAGCAACUUGAGACCUCCAAUCCCAAGUUCUCGAGGAAGGAGGAUGUCGUCUGGUACCUGACGACCGUGUCUGUCAUGAUCAUGGGGCUCAACUACCUGUCUGGCACCCAUGCGCCAUUUUGUCUCCAGGGCCUCGUUCUUGCCUUGGCAUACACAGGCACCCAAGACCAGCGGGGUCAGCAGGCCAGUUUCUUCUUCCUGUCCAUCCCUGCGCAGCUGGUGCCCUAUGCCAUGCUGUUCGCGACGCUGGUCAUGGCUGGGCCCGAUCAGCUCUUCAUUCAGAUGUGCGGUCUUGUCGCGGCCCACCUUCACGACUUCCUGUUCCGCAUCUGGCCUGAGUUUGGCGGCGGCAGGAACAUCCUGUCCACUCCGGCAUUCAUGUCGCGUUUGAUUCAGACGGCGCAAGUUGAGCGGAGGUCGUACGGCACGGCGCAGUUCGGAGGAGGGUCUGGGAGGACGACCGGGUCCUCUGCUGGCAGUGGCCCUCUUCCCGACUCGUGGAAAACUCGGGGAGCUGGCCACCGGCUGGGCUGAGUCCGAUCUUUAAUGUCUGUUGGUUCUUGGUCCUAGAAUCAUGCAUUACUGUUGGCCUUAUCCACAGCCUUGAUUGCUUGCUAGACAGAGCGAGCAAUGAGAAUUCAUGAGCUUGAGUCCCACCGCCAAUACUCCGUAAGAACUUUUUUUUUUCGGACGAGACGAUCACAGUUCAUAUACAAACCCCAGUUCACAUGCGCAUUCGUGGGCACCACACAUGUUGCCAAGGAUUUCUGCCUGCCUACGUUGGUCUUGGGCUAAGGUAUAGUGAAGAAGCGAGCACAGAGGGCAUUUUGGCACCAUCCGUUCGCCUGGAGACAAACAGCCCCUGGCCCUCACGAGUUCGUACCCGUGGUACGUAGAGUGCAAGCAAGGCAUCAAUGCUUAUUGUCCAUUGGAUUGGGACCACCACAGCGCAUUUCACACGCCGACAGCACGCGCGACCAAGACUCUCGGCAUGCACAUAGGCGACCUCAAGAAACCAAACUCAUCGGCACGUCCUGUGCUCAUCCAUUUCAUUAAAAUGCAACAGCCUAGGUGUUGGGGCCAGACGAAGCUUCCUGCUACACGUCGCCCAUGCCCCAUGUGCCUUGUGGCGCCAAAUGUUCACCGCCAAAGUCGUCGUAGCCUCCCAAACGCCAGGUUUUACCGUAGUAAAAGGGGUAUGAAACAAUACACUAAGAUGAAAAUCAUGGGGGAGAUAAUACCCCGAAAAGCAAACCCCUCCCAGUUCGUUCCCUCACUUUUUUUUUACUUUUUCUUCCGUUCUUUCAUGGCGUCGCUGUGCCAUCCCCCGUUUGGUACUUUAUAUCGUGUCCUAUUCUUUCCUCUUUCCCUCGACUUCUAGUAGUUGGGCUCAUAUCCUGCCCGCGGCGAAGAGCGGGUGGUGCGCGGAGGGGGAGACUGGGACUGUGGCUCCGGCACACCUUGCUGCUGACGCAUCUGGCGGCGGUGCUGAAAAUUAU